CAAAAAUGGGAAAGACUUCGAGAGAUAAGAGGGAUAUUUAUUAUAGGUGUGCCAAGAUGGGUGGUAAUCACUCAAAGCCCAACACUUCCAAGGAUCCCUCUUCAGUCGCCACCGAGUCUGAACAGGCACAAAAUAUGACCGAAUAUUCCUAUUAUAGAGCUAGGUCAGCUUACAAGCUAUUACAGAUUGACAAACAAUUUAAUAUUUUCGAAGGGGUCCAGAGAGUCGUAGACCUCUGUGGCGCCCCAGGGAGUUGGUCCCAGGUAAUUAUCGAAAGAAUGAAGCAAAUAAAUCCAGAUAUCGACUUUCACGAGUGCCACAGGGUUAUCAAUGUCGACCUCCAGACAGUCGCACCUAUAGAUGGAGUUAAAAUUAUCAAAGGCGAUAUCACAAGACAAUCUACUGUUGAUGAAGUUUUGGAAAUUUUUGAAGGCCAUAAAGUAGAAUUGAUAGUCUCUGAUGGGGCCCCAGAUGUCACUGGGAACCAUGAAUUCGAUCAGUACCUUCAGCAUCAGCUUGUCUUAGCAGCCAUUAACAUCUCUUUCCAUCUCAUGAAAGAAGGAGGAACUUUCGUAGCUAAAGUUUUUAGAGGAAAAGACUUCAUUUACUUGACUAAAUUCCUGAAGAGACUGUUUAAAAGUGUGAUUAUUUCCAAGCCAAAAUGCUGCAGAAAUUCCAGUAUCGAGGGAUUUAUUGUAUGUAGAGGUUUUCAUAGGGAAGAUCAGGAGAUUGUAAUCUCAGAAACUCUGAACGCACUUGAUCUGAUUGAUGGCCUAAACUUUGUCCAACAGAAUAAACAAGAGUACUAUUCAUUGAACCAACCUGCUGUAGUUAGUCUUGAUAGCAUUUUAGAGCAAGAAGAUACCACUGAAGAGUCUAAGAUUGAAGAAGAUGAUACUGGUGAUAACCAUAUCGAAUUUGUGUCUUGAGGAGACCCUUCAAGUUUAGACCCAGAUAUGAACUAUCCCCUCAAUUUCGAUGUGAAUACUGGUAAAGUUGAUGAGACCAAGACUGUUGAAGACUAUCAAUAUCUUAAACCCUUCCCAAAAAUUGUUGAUUAAAAUAGUGGCUGAUUCAAUA